AUGGUUCGAUUGAGCUUUAAGCGCACUCUCGCUCCGGUGCUGCUUCUCUGCGCCAUUGUCCAGGCCAUCCCCGCCGUCGUCCCCAGGCAAGAAAUCGUCGAAACUUCCACUGAUCUCUCAACUUCAACCGACGACAUCCCUACUGCAACAGAUAGUUCGGCUCUCCCCGCCGAGACGGGAACUGAGGUUUCCACAUCCACUGAUGCCUCCCCAACUGAUGCCGCUGUUACUUCUUCGGAAACAACCACCGACGAAAGUUCUCCAACAGAGACUGACGGGUCUGCUUCUAUAACUGGAACUGAAUCAUCGAUCACCGGCGAAGCAACUCCAUCUGCCUGGAUUUCCGUCAAUGAGACCGAUGGCAGGAUCUCAACAAUUGUCCCUGGAGUGACCACCGAAAGCGAUGGUAUGACCAGAACUGUGAACCUCCCGGAUCCGAAUCAUACCGGACCUGCUGAAUCCGAGGACGGUGAACCAACCUCUUUCCUCCCCACUUGCGACGCAAGCAGGUACCAAGGUGGUGGAAAAUAUGCGCCGUUUUGUCUACCAAAUAACGAAACAAAUUUAUAUCUCGGAGAAACGUAUUAUGUCACUUGGGAUCCACUUUACUGGGGUGAAGAUGGCGGCAAUAACACUGUCGAGAUCAUGGCCAAUUACCAGGAGGAUCCUGAGUUCCCAGAACGGGGACGUGUCGCCUUCGAUUCCGGCGUCACACUCAACAAAAUCGGCUUCAUCACAUUCUAUGUUGAUCCAGAAAAAUACUCAGCAGGCGUAGUCAUUCACUGGUCCAUGAAGAGAAUCGGCGUCCUCGCCAACACGGAAAAAUCUUUCCGUUUCGGUCCUUGGGUCAGGAUCUCCAAAGAACCAAUCCAUCACCCUCAACCCUCGGUACGCCCACCGGUUUCUACCAUUGGUUUGGCUGUCGGAUUGCCAUUAGCGGCUCUCUUCAUCGUCGCUGUGAUCGCUGGUCUUCAUUUCUGUAAUAAGGAUAAGCGUUCCAUUGGUGGAAUUGUUAUCCCCUCGAUGCGCAGAAAGAGGGCGGAAGGUGGUUAUGUUUCCCGACGUGCAAGAGGACAGCGUGCAAACCGUCCGCCAGGGUAUAGAGAUGAAAUCGAUACUAAGGCUGCGGCUUGGGAAAUGGGAGCCAUGAGGAGCCCAGAUACACCGAGAAAUACGGGACCGUACCAGGAUGAACCAACCAGUCCACCAACUAUCAAGGCUAGAAGUGCUGAGAGCCUGCCCGGAAAUCCAUUCAGCGAUCGUUUCCAGGAGCAACCACCGAGGUAG